UCUUUGGUGAUCUGCAAGAGUCUCUCUGCUGGAAAUGGAUAACUUCACAAACGGGCAGCCGGGCCCAGGUCAGAGGAACAGGUUGAUAGGAUUGCUAGAAACAGAUGACAGCGUCCAGGAAGACAAACCUGCAUCUAGUAAAAAGGAAGAAAGAUCAGGACAUGGAAAGAAAGGAGAGCCACGGCCCUUGGAGACACCUUAUCAGAAGGAGAGCAGUGACUUUGCUCCUAAAGUCAAGAUUAAUCUGAACUAUCGGCCAGGACUCGUCAGCAACCAAAAGGACCCCAACCGCUUUGACAGGGACAGGCUCUUCAGCGCAGUCUCAAGGGGCAGCCCCGAGGCACUGGAUGGUUUACUUGAGUACUUACGGAGGACCUCAAAAUUUCUCACCAAUUCUGAAUACACAGAUGCAAAGACUGGGAAGACCUGCUUAAUGAAAGCCCUGUUGAACUUAAAAAAUGGAAAGAAUGACACGAUCCCACUUUUGCUGGAAAUAGACCAAAAGACACAGAAUCCCAGACCGCUUGUCAAUGUGUCAUGCUCUGAUUGUUACUACAGAGGCCAGACAGCACUCCAUAUUGCCAUAGAGAAAAGGAGCCUAGAUUUAGUGAAACUUCUAGUAGAGAAUGGAGCCGAUGUCCAUGCGAGAGCCCACGGUGAAUUCUUCAAGAAGAAGAAAGAAGGAGUUUACUUUUAUUUUGGUGAACUUCCUCUCUCCUUGGCUGCUUGUACCAACCAGCUUGAGGUGGUGGAAUAUCUUCUGAACAAUCCCCACCAGAAGGCCCGGCUCCAGGAGCAGGAUACACAGGGCAACACAGUCCUCCAUGCCCUGGUGAUGAUUGCAGAUGACACUGAGGAGAACACCAAGUUUGUGAGCACAACAUACGUUGAGAUCUUGAAGGCAGGCGUGAAGCUUGACCCAACGUGGAAGCUGGAGGAGAUAGUGAAUUAUGAUGGAUUAAAUCCUCUGCAGCUUGCUGCCAAGACAGGCAAAGUGGAGAUCUUCAAGCACAUCAUCCAACGAGAGAUCAAAGACCCGGUGUACAGGCACCUGUCACGGAAGUUCACUGAAUGGACCUAUGGACCUAUCCAUGUGUCUCUCUACGACUUGUCCUCGAUAGACAGCUUUGAGGAGAACUCUGUGCUGGAGAUUCUGGCAUACAGCAGUGACACACCGAAUCGGUACAAGAUGGUGGUUUUGGAGCCACUGAACAAACUGCUUCAGCAAAAAUGGGAAACUUUUGCUUCCAAGAGAUUCUACUUCAGUUUUGUCUCAUACUUGUCAUUUAUGAUCAUCUUUACAGCCAUUGCGUACUAUCAACCCUUACGGGUAAAGCCUUCAUUUCCAGUGGAGUUCACGGCUGGAGGCUUCCUGUGGGUCUCUGGACUGAUCAUUAUCUUGCUAGGAGGCAUUUAUCUAAUUUUUGCUCAGAGUCUGUACUUGCGGAGGAGACGCCAGUCCCUGAAGACUAUGUGUUCUGACAGCUGCAUUGAGAUCUUGAUCUUCAUUCAGGCUUUCUCGUUGCUGCUGUCAGCCGUCCUGUAUGGUGCCAGUUCAGAAAACUAUGUGGCAGUGAUGGUGUUCUCCCUGCUUUUGGGAUGGGUGAACAUGCUGUAUUACACUCGGGGCUUCCAGCGCACUGGGAUCUACAGUGUCAUGAUACAGAAGACUAUCCUGAGAGAUCUGCUGCGUUUCCUCUUGGUUUAUAUGAUCUUCCUCUUUGGCUUUGCUGCAGCUCUGGUUACACUGAUGGGGGAUGCUCCUUCGGUCUCUCACAACAAGUCUCUUGCUCAGAUGGAGAGCGCUGGGAGCCAUGCUAUGUAUGGCGGCCUGCUUAGCGUCUCCCUGGAGCUCUUCAAGAUCACCAUUGGGAUGGGCGACCUGGAUUUCCACGAACAUGCCAGAUUCAGAUACUUCGUCAUGCUCCUGCUGCUUCUCUUUGUGAUCCUCACUUACAUUCUUUUGCUCAACAUGCUGAUUGCGCUCAUGAGCGAGACCGUCACGGAUAUUUCUGGUUACAGCAAAAGCGUCUGGAAGCUGCAGAGGGCUAUUGCUAUUCUAGAAAUAGAGAAGGCCUGGCUGUGGCGCCAAGGAGGGAAGAGGAGAUCUGGCUGCUUCAUGUCAGUGGGCCUCAAUAAGAAAGAUGAGAGAUGGUGUUUCAGAGUAGAGGAAAUUAAAUGGACGAAUUGGGCAAAGGACGUGGGAGUUCUUAAAGAAGACCCUGGAAACACCAGUGAUUCAGAAAUAAAUCCAGAAGACACAAGGUCAUGGAAGCGGAUGCCACAGAAACAACUGAGAUCGGCCGCUGCAGAGGAGCAGUCACUAUUGCAGCCCCAGCUGUCAGCCACUGAGAUGAUGCCUCUAGAGGGACAAACCAGAAAUCUUUAGCAGGUUUUCUGGAUUGCAACCUUGCUUCCAUCUUCAAAGGAGUAGUUCUUCCUAUAGUGGCUGGAAAAAUUGAAGGCAUUAUCAGUAUUAAAGUGCAUUUCAUUGAAGACUGUGGUUCAGCCUGUGGCUUGAAGUAUUUUCAUGCACUUUAAUCAUUAAUUUCCUCUGAAGAAACUAUUUUUACUCAACUUUCUCUGCCUGACACUUUCUUAUUACUAUGUCUAAAGGUACAAGAGCAAGAUCACAGGGGCAGUGGGGAGCGGUCUUUGGGAAGGCAGUGCUUUCUGAGCUGUAUAGAAACAAUGCUGUUAGCCAUAGAGAGGCAAAGGACGGAGUGACCUGGCUAAGAACAGGUUAACUGUUAUUCUUUUGUCACAAGAGACUGCACUGAAGUGCGCUGGAUUAAAGAGUGUUGUAGAGGCAUAAAAAGUUGCUAAGGGUGGAGUUGGCUUCUGUGCAAAACACUGUCGGUGAGACAUGCGUGGACUUCAGUCACCAAGAGCCAUACUGAGUCUUUGUGUCAGUACCUGCAGCCUCGAUGUUUGGCCCACAUCAGAAUUCCCAUUUUACAGUAUUAUAAUGAAAUCGUUUGCACGUUUGCUUAAGAGCACAAAAGUGAUGUGGGUUUCCUGGACCUGUAACUUCCCAUGGUGAAUUUCUGAAACAUCUGACUUUCACAGGUGGCUUUGUCUCUGUAGAAAACAGCAGCAGAAUCCUGCAUGUGGCUUCUGAGAGACAGAUGGGCCAAAAUGUAUCGUGCGAUUAAUAUUUCCUGCCAGUCUUAGUGGGCAUCCUGUCUUGCUGUAAAUGAUUACAAGGACCUCGUUGCUUUUUGUAAUGUGCACACUGCCUCAGGCAGGAUGGGAAGCAUACUUUAAACUCUGUGGAAAAGAGAUAAAAAUGAGCUAUCUCACUUCUAGCCUAUAUUUAAAAAUAAUAAUGUAGUAUUUCUGUAAACUGUUAAUAUAGCAAGUUUACUUAAUGGAGAGUGUUCAUCCGUGGAUAUAUUUUCUGAGCUUCAGCCUCUCUCAGAAAGGAAUAGAUGUGAUCAGUGUGAACUGUAAGGCCUUAUGGAAUUCCUGAUUACAUUUCACCCAGCACUGUGCUGACCUCACUGCCAUGCCAGUGAACUCUUGUUUUUCAUGACCUCAUGCCAGUUUAUGCAGUCAGAUCUGAAAACGUAACAGCUGAUGUUGCAUUGGAUGCAUCUUUCAUACAGGGAAUGGGUAGUAAUAACCCUGAAGAAGCUGCAGACUACAAAUGUUGGCAGCACCGUUCCUUCAGUAAGAUAGACUAUGCAACUCAACAUCUCCUGUCUCUCAUUUCUGCUGUGAGCAAGUGAAGCUGGGAGGUGUCUCGUGCAGGCAAUCAUCUUAAUCCCGCUGCUUACUACAUGCAUGAGGCUGGCGGCAAAAGCAUUGCUUUUAAAACUUACUCCCUGUCACUUCACAUGAGUUCUUCCCCUGUGCUGGGCAAUUCCCUCUGCAACUUCACUGCACUGGGUCUCUGAAUUGUAACUAACUUUUCUCACUCCAGCUUCUGCUGUUUUCUUGCUUUGUGAAGCCUUCAGCUGCUUUUUCCAUCUAUGGCUUUGUCCUGACUGUUCCCAAGAUUUGGCAAGGUGCUCCUAUUGCACAAAAGGAUCAUCUGGCGUAUAGUAAUCUGUUGCUGUGCUUGGUGCUUUGCUGUGGUAGGGACACUUUGAGAUUCUCGAGAAGUGCAGCAUCAGAUACGCCAUCCCUGCCUGGAGUCUUAAUGAAAAACAAAAGAGAAAUCUUGCUUAGUGGUAGUGCUUUUGAUAGCUGUGGGCUGCGACAGCUUGCUUUCAAGAUAACCUGCCUCUUCGGCCAUUCCUUGAACCUGCUUCUCUUUAAAUCCCUUUCUUAGGCUUACAGUGUUAGUUUAUCUUUUGAUCUGCAUCAAAAAUGUUCUUAAACAUCAAGUGUCUGCUGUGAAGCGGGGCCUUGGCAGUCCUUGUGCUUCACAGUCACGUCACGGACCACCAGUCCCAGCCCUCUCAAGGCCACGAAGGAAGGACAAUGGGCAGCAGACAGGGAAAGGUACAUGCAGCAAAGAGGUAUGUCAGGUUGGUCACAAGCUUUAGCAAUGCCCAGGCUGUUGUACAGUUCCUUGUGCUGUGGAAAAAGGGAGAUUUUUGAGGAGUUACCACCUCUGCAGUAAGAGGCGAGUCAGCACUGUUGAGAUUAAUGUCCUCCCAGUUUUCUGUAUUCUUAAUGCACAAGACUCCUCUUUCAUUUCAGCAUCUGAACCACUUCCCUUUUUGGUCACGUUACAAACAGGAGGGCUGUCUGGGGUUUAUUUUGUGGGAUGUCUGCGGUUCCUUGCAAAGAAGAAGAACUUACAAGCUGGUUCAUAGCUUUGAAGGCCCAACAGGAUUUUGGGAUCCACUCUUAAUAGAUCAUGAUGUUUUGUCAGGAAACACCUCAGUCAUUUUCACAAGAAGUGAUCAACAGAUGAAGUCCCCUCUCCCUUCUACCUUUUGCAGCAGGUAAACCCACCUGCAUGCGAGCUCACCCCUGUGAAAAUGGGGAGGCUUUGCAGAGCUCUCGGCUGAGAAAAGAGAAACCUCUUGCAAAUGUCAGCAGAGGAGGAGCUGCAGUUUCUCUCCUCUCUCUACUCUGUAUCAGCCACAGGGACUCUGAAGGUCCAGCCAUGCCAUGAAGAGAAGACACCAGCAGCUCUCGUUACUUUCCAUACAGGGUUAUGGAUGCUCAGACCCUCCCCUGUGUGAUUUGGUCGAAGCUGCCUGGCUCCUGGCAGGCUUGGGAGAUGAGUGCGGACCUUGUUGCCUCCAAACUCCUCCUCCUCUACUUGAGCACACUUUGCCUGGUCAUUGCUCCCUGCGGCCUUUCUGCUAGGCUCCAAGUGCUCCCCAUUGCACAGGGAUCUGUCUCGCUGCUUGUCUGUGUAAUUUUCUUAAAAGAAACUUCACGUUUGGUUUGUAUGGUUCCCAGUUCCCCACAAGGCCAUUUUCCUCAGGGGUUAUGGGUGGCAGCAAGACUUUCUUGUUUCUCAAAUUCUUUGCAUGUUUUAUUUUAUUGUUGUUUUUUUUCCCCCGUGUUGUGUUUUGUUGUUUUUUGGUUUUGUUUUUUUUUUUUUUUUUCCAAAGCGUGCUCUGAAGCUGAAGCCAGUCUGGGGAGGUGUAUCUGUGGCUCAGUUGAUUCCCUCCCUCUUCAUCUCUUUGUGACCCCGGUUACAACUGAGCAUACUUUCCAUUGCCUCUGUAGCUAGCAAAAGGAGUCUUUGAAAUGUGACAAGCAAAAGGCCUCCGACAAAGAACAGAUGCUUUAUGUAAGGCUACAUAAGCUGCAAAGAGCUAUUUCUGAAGCGAUACAGCCGGCAGGUUUCUCAGCUGGACUGCUCUUGUGGCUAGCUAUCGGUUUUGUUUUUCUUUGCUGUAUUUAAGAAAUUUCAUUGUUGCUCUGAGACUAAACCAAAAAUAAAAUUGGAAAAAAAAAAAAAGAAAGAAAAAGACAUUUUAAAAGAAAACUGUG